CUCGAAACCUAUUGCUCGUCUGGGGGAAUCAGAGGUGUGAGAGGAGAGGAGAGGAACUUGUGAAUUGCGCGGUCUCGUUGCAUGCGUGCGAGUAAGAUAGUGUUCCUAGAUGGCGUCCAAGCGGAUAUUGAAAGAGUUGAAAGACUUGCAGAAGGAUCCGCCCACAUCGUGCAGCGCAGGUCCUGUGGCAGAGGACAUGUUCCACUGGCAAGCAACGAUCAUGGGGCCCCAAGAUAGUCCGUAUUCUGGUGGUGUGUUUUUGGUUACCAUUCACUUCCCACCUGAUUAUCCAUUCAAGCCCCCAAAGGUUGCUUUCAGAACUAAGGUAUUUCAUCCCAAUAUUAAUAGCAACGGGAGCAUAUGCUUGGACAUUCUUAAGGAACAGUGGAGUCCUGCCCUCACUAUAUCAAAAGUUUUGCUGUCAAUAUGUUCUCUGCUUACAGACCCCAAUCCCGACGAUCCUCUUGUUCCAGAGAUUGCCCAUAUGUACAAAACAGACAAGACAAAGUAUGAAGGCACAGCGAGAAAUUGGACACAGAAGUACGCAAUGAUUUGAUAGGAUAAUUACAACAGGCUCUUGCGGCAUGGUAGGGAGGCGGUGGAGGUGUAACAUAGGGAGUUCAUAUGCAGUUCAGCAGAAAUGCAUCAGUAGUAGUGUUUCUAUGUCCAACAUGUUCUCUAUGUUGCACACAAUUCACAGGCCCAUGUUGUGCAGCACUGAAGUGUUGUGAGGAGCUUGCAUGUCACAAUAAGUGCGCAUCGUAGUGAAAUAGCACUUCAGGAUCUUCCAGACCUUUGCCUUCCGUUCUUGCAUCUUUGUUCGGGGUAUAAUAUCGCUAGAAUGUGAGGGACUUAACAUCUACCUGUACGUGGCAUCAUAGUGCAAUUCAUGGCAUAAGUUGUAUUGUAGGGUGUGUCAUGCACGUACUUGCUAUCAUAGCGGCCCUAAACCCUUGAUAAAAUUCGUCUAUGAUUCUCUGGAAGGAAAUGACGUACUUUUUUCUC